AUGGUCAAAGUCGAAAUCGUCGAAGAGCGCGACGCUCAGGAGUCCAACUCUCCCUACGCCUCCUCCUCCUCAUCCCGCACAUCAUCCUCCGUCUCCCUCUCGUCCGUUGGCUCCGAAGUUGAUGGCGAAGAGUCCUUCUACGAACGUAUCGUCGCCCUCGCCGACAUCGUACCCCCAACCACCCGGCAUAAAAUAUCCACCCGUCUCUCGAAGGUGACAGGUGGUCUGAAAACAACCACGAAGGUGGUGGGGAACCUAAUUUGGGUAGUUACGACAAGCGCAUUGUUGGUGGGCUUGCCGCUCGCCCUCGUUCUGGAGGACGAGGCAAAGAUUAUCGCACAGGAGAAGGAAAUGCUCGCGCAGCAGCAGGGUGCUCAGCAGAUGAUGGCACCUUCGAUGUACCCUCCGCCAGGUCAAGGCCAGGCACCGAAGGGUGUCGUCCCACCCGGAUUCUGA